AUGCAGACGAGACCACCAACACACAUCGCCACUGUGCCAGGACUCAGGCGAUUCCUGACCGUCCUUCAAACCGACAUCGACGCUAGAACCGCCACAGGCUCGAUGCCAUGGAUGUUCAUCAAGCUCGCGAUGCAGGCCAGGGAACCAAACCAAGACAGCGACACCGACGAGUCGAGUGAGCGAAACGCCAUCAAAUCGUUGGAUGUUUACGUUCUGCCUCGCAAACAACGCUGCACGAUCGAUCUGUCAGCCUUGGGUCCCGCCGCACUCAUCGACGCCACUUCGAGUUCAGGCGGGUUGACAUUCAAAUCCGCACUGGAAUCCAGGGAUAUCGCCAAGGUCGUUCUAAAACGCGCCCAGCAAGCCUCUGCCUUACUGCGCGAUCAAUUCGGGAUCCUGCUCACCCACCUCGCACCGCUCGGCUUCCCAUCCGAUCGUCGCCCCGACGGGCCACUGCCACCCCUGAACGAUCUUCUGGAGUACUUCCAACAAGAAGUGGUCGAGCUUGCGAACGGAGACCCGGACCACGAUGAGACCGUGACUUUUCUACGGCGCAGCGUGGCCAGGGUGAGAGGGGGCGGGAUGACGCUGGCGGAGCUUCAGCGUCUGUCUGUGGCACUGUCAGAUAUUCAGCAGUCCUGA